AUGAAAGAAACGCACGUGCUGUGGAUAGUUAAAGGUAUAGAUGAGAGUCUUACACAUCUCAUCAAAGAAGUUGAAGAGCUUCGUGGAACGGUAGAAGACAAGGAUAAGCAAAUUGAAUAUUUACUCAUGCAACACCUUUAUCUCAAAUCGUACUGCAGGAGAGAAAAUCUAAAAUUUUUUGGCGUACCGGAAAGCGAAGCCAGCGCUUCGGAGGGGAAAGAUGCGGUUGGCACAAUUGAUGUUUUGCGUGAUUUUCUUCAUGAUGUCCUUGGCUUUGGGUAUCCAAAGAGGAAUAUGGAGUUUAAACGAGUGCAUCGGAUUGGUAAAUCCGUACGUGGGAAGCCCAGGCCGAUAUAAGCCCGUUUCUUACGCUAUCAAGAUCGCGAGACAGUGCUUCGUGCUGGGUUUGAAUUGAAAGACACUGAGUACAUGAUUUUGCAAGACUUCCCUCAGGAAAUCAUAAAGAGAAGGCGUAAACAAAUGCCCAAAUUAAAGGAAGCUAAAAAAAGGGGCCAAAAAGUAUCCUUUAGUAAAUCGGAACCUGAUAAACUCUUUAUUGAUGGCAAGUUCAUUUCUGCGUAG